UCAUUUAGCGCCAAGCGAAGAAGAUGAAGAACUGUCGGCGGUGUUAGGUUUUUCGAGAGCGAUUAGGAAGAAAUGGUACAGCUGUACCUGCUUUGUACUCGAUCUGCGGAACUUGCCGCCUCCAUUUCUCAGAGACUUGAAGCAGACCGGAUAGGCCUGUGCUUCGUCUUCUAAAAUAAUCUGGUCCCUUGUUCCGAUCGGAUUCAGGGGUCUGAGAGUGUCUCUGAGGCCUAGUUAAAGCAGCAACCGCCCAUUUAUGUAAAAGCGGCACUGGCGGCCGAGACCACUGAGUUUGGCUUCCUUUUGGUCAGUGGUCCAUCUCUGCUGGUCACUCUAACCUACGCUCUUACGCCAUCCCCUCGUUCCAUUCUACUUUUCUUCUUCACCCACGACCUAACUGCUGACACCAUCACCACCACCAGCACCAACUGUUUCCGAUUCACCAAACAAACUUAUAUAUAAACUCACCCAAACACCUUCCUUACUCACUCUGCUACUAUCUCCUUCUGCUCACUCAUUCACAGUGAGACAUUUAAAACAUAGACAUGGCGGGUGUGAGGAGGAUGAAGCUCGGGUCACAAGGCCUGGAGGUCUCAGCUCAAGGACUGGGCUGCAUGGGCAUGUCAGCCUUCUAUGGCCCCCCGAAGCCCGAAGCCGACAUGAUCAAGCUCAUCCACCAUGCCGUCGACUCCGGCGUCACCUUCCUCGACACCUCCGACGUCUACGGUCCCCAUACGAACGAAAUGCUCCUCGGCAAGGCUUUGAGUGGAGGGGUGAGAGACAAGGUUGAAUUGGCCACCAAAUUCGGUGCCUGGUUUGUGGACAACAAAAUGGAGAUUCGAGGCGAGCCGGCAUAUGUGAGAGCUGCGUGUGAAGGAAGCUUGAAACGACUUGGUGUAGAUUCUAUUGAUCUCUAUUAUCAGCAUAGGAUUGACACCCGUGUCCCCAUUGAAGUCACGGUGGGGGAGCUCAAGAAGCUAGUUGAAGAGGGUAAAAUAAAGUAUAUUGGAUUGUCUGAGGCAUCAGCUUCAGCAAUAAGAAGAGCCCAUGCUGUUCAUCCAAUAACUGCUGUGCAGCUGGAGUGGUCCUUGUGGUCAAGAGAUGUAGAAGAAGAAAUAAUUCCUACUUGUCGGGAACUUGGCAUUGGCAUUGUUGCAUAUAGUCCUCUAGGAAGAGGAUUCUUUUCAUCGGGGGCAAAAUUCAUCGAAAAUCUUCCCAAUGAUGAUUUUCGAAAGAAUAUGCCCAGGUUCCAAGCUGAAAACCUAGAGCAUAAUAAAACAAUAUUUGAGCGAGUAAGUGAUCUUGCAGCAAGGAAGGGUUGCACCCCAUCUCAACUAGCACUGGCCUGGGUUCAUCACCAAGGAAAUGAUGUGUGCCCUAUACCCGGAACCACCAAGAUUGAGAAUUUUAACCAGAACAUUAAGGCUCUGUCUGUGAAACUGACACCAGAAGAAAUGGCUGAGCUUGAAUCUUUUGCUUCCGCAGAUGCUGUUAAGGGCGACAGGUAUCAGACUGGCAUCAUUACUUGGAUGAACUCUGAAACUCCACCACUGUCUUCAUGGAAAGCCACAUAAGUAGGUGCCUAGAUUCUCCGAGUUAUGUCACAAUAAUGCCUCUUUGUGCCUUGAGAAUUUGGUGAAUUUGUAUUUUUGUUCAAAGACUCGGUAGAUGAUGGACUCACUAGAGUAAUAUGUUCAAUGUCUGUCCUUGAAACAAUAAAAAGUUCUGUAUUAAAAGUUGAAUUUUAUAACUUGUCCGA